ACUCUGCUUUCAAGUGUUAAAGUGUGCGUACUUUGCCACUGUCUUCUCUGAUUUCGCUUCAAGUUACUUUCUGGUUAAGACCGAAUGUCUCUCUAUAGUGAACUUUGCCUUUGCCAUGGAAACAAUUUUUGCUUGCUGACAGUCUUGUUUGUUCCAAUUUCGGAGACAUUUGAAUUUACAUAUUUAAACAUGUGUUAGGGAUCCAAAAUAUAAAUGGGGUCUAUCUUCAUUUGACUUGUUUCCCCAAAAGAUCUUGCCCUGAAUUAAACACUUGACACGGAAUGUUUUCGGGGAAAAUUUCUCGACUAAGUAAGGUUUUACGUGAGCAAGCAAAUAAUUUUUUACAUUCACGAACUUCGGUCAUUCAUGAAAUGAAAUUCCGCUUUUUAUCAGAGCUUAUUCUAAGAAAAGUAACUAAUCUUCUUCCAUGAGUGUCUCUAAUCGCUAGUGUUUGUUUUCUCCGGUUACUCACAAAACGAAUCAAAUAUUGUAACAUUACACUAAGUUAUACGAGCCUUUGUAACCGGGUUUACCGAUUUUACAAUGCUUUGAAUUUCAAUCUCAUUGAGACAUGUAUAUUUGAUCUCACAGCUUGAUCGAUUUUUCAGUAUUAAACAGUUAUUUAAUUUUUCUCAACGGUAUGUACAAAGUAAAUUUGUCUUGUGCAUUCUUACUCACGUCCUUUCAUAUGGAUUAUCAACGAGCAAUGUGCAAUGUACUAGCAGAAGACAUUGCUAUGAAAUUUUGGAGUUUCUCAAAAAGGGUUUGAACUUUUGCUUGUUUUGGUGUAUUUGUGUGUGCUUGCUUGCUGCUUCUUUAACUGGACUCCAGAUCCUAGAGAAAGGGGGAAAACUGAAAGAUCCUGAGGUACUUUAUCGGGCUGCCAAAAAGAAUGUGUUCGUUGCCACAAAGAUUUUGAGGAUAACGAUCCAUAACUAAGAUUUCGCUGCCCUGUUGCUUCUUGGUAACAAAUUUUUGUUUUUAGUCUUCUUGGUUUUGAAAGCAGAUUUUUUGAGCAUCAAAUUCAACGAGAAAGUAAAUCCACGUGAGCGUCCGAGUUUAUAAUGACGUUGCUAUAGCGACGGUGGGACACUAUCGUUGACUGGAAAAACUAUGCGAACCAAAGCGACCCAACAGGAGAGAAGUAUUGGUGACAUUUCCACAAUCUUGGAAUAGAAGCGAGUGGUCUCGAUUGAGAGAACUCACAGGCGGUGCAUGGAAGAUAGGAUAGCAAUGACGUGGAAAAAAUUAUCGUUGGUGAGACUCUUUUGUAUCAGUAAUCUUGCAAUACUUUGGGGACUACCAAACAAUGUUUCCUCAAGCAUUUCUCCGGCGUUUACAACUUGGCAGGUUUCGAAUUCAUCAACAGUAUUUUCUACAACGAAUUCGAAUUUAUUGUCAUCUGUAUCGACUACAAAUAUCUUUAAUUCGUUGCUGACGACUACAGGGACAUCAAGUAACAAGGAUAGCUCGAUAGCCACAUUUUCAUCUUCUUCAUGGCAGGUUUCGAAUUCAUCAACAGUGUUUUCUACAACGAAUACGAAUCUACUGUCAUCUGCAUCGACUACAAAUAGGUUGAAUUCGUUGCUGACGACUACAGGGACAUCAAGUAACAAGGAUAGCUCGAUAGCCACAUUUUCAUCUUCUUCAUGGAAGGUUUCGAAUUUGUCAACAGUGUUUUCUACAACGAAUACGAAUCUACUGUCAUCUGCAUCGACUACAAAUAGGUUGAAUUCGUUGUUGACAACCACAUGGACAUCAAGUAACAAGGAUAGCUCGAUAGCCACAUUUUCAUCUUCUUCAUGGCAGGUUUCAAAUUCAUCAACAGUGUUUUCUACAACGAAUACGAAUCUACUGUCAUCUGCAUCGACUACAAAUAGGUUGAAUUCGUUGCUGACAACCACAUGGACAUCAAGUAACAAGCAUAGCUCGAUAGCCACAUUUUCAUCUUCUUCAUGGCAGGUUUCGAAUUCAUCAACAGUGUUUUCUACAACGAAUACGAAUCUACUGUCAUCUGCAUCGACUACAAAUAGGUUGAAUUCGUUACUGACAACCACAUGGACAUCAAGUAACAAGCAUAGCUCGAUAGCCACAAUUUCAUCUUCUUCAUGGCAGGUUUCGAAUUCAUCAACAGUGUUUUCUACAACGAAUACGAAUCUACUGUCAUCUGCAUCGACUGCAAAUAGGUUGAAUUCAUUGUUGACAACCACAUGGACAUCAAGUAACAAAGAUAGCUCGAUCGCCUCAUCUUGGUCAUCAUCUUCUCCAUGGAAGGUUUCGAAUUCAUCAACAGUGUUUUCUACAACGAAAACGAAUUUAUUGUCAACUGCAUCGACUACAGAUACCUUGAAUUCGUUGUUGACAACCACAUGGACAUUAAGUGACAAAGAUAGCUCGAUCGCCACAUCUUGGUCAUCAUCUUCUCCAUGGAAGGUUUCGAAUUCAUCAACAGUGUUUUCUACAACGAAUACGAAUCUACUGUCAUCUGCAUCGACUGCAAAUAGGUUGAAUUCGUUGUUGACAACCACAUGGACAUUAAAUGACAAAGAUAGCUCGAUCGCCACAUCUUGGUCAUCAUCUUCUCCAUGGAAGGUUUCGAAUUCAUCAACAGUGUUUUCUACAACGAAUACGAAUCUACUGUCAUCUGCAUCGACUACAAAUAGGUUGACUUCGUUGUUGACAACCACAUGGACAUUAAGUGACAAAGAUAGCUCGAUCGCCACAUCUUGGUCAUCAUCUUCUCCAUGGAAGGUUUCAAAUUCAUCAACAGUGUUUUCUACAACGAAUACGAAUCUACUGUCAUCUGCAUCGACUACAAAUAGGUUGACUUCGUUGUUGACAACCACAUGGACAUUAAGUAACAAGCAUAGCUCGAUAGCCACAUUUUCAUCUUCUUCAUGGCAGGUUUCGAAUUCAUCAACAGUGUUUUCUACAACGAAUACGAAUCUACUGUCAUCUGCAUCGACUACAAAUAGGUUGAAUUCGUUGCUGACGACUACAGGGACAUCAAGUAACAAGGAUAGCUCGAUAGCCACAUUUUCAUCUUCUUCAUGGAAGGUUUCGAAUUUGUCAACAGUGUUUUCUACAACGAAUACGAAUCUACUGUCAUCUGCAUCGACUACAAAUAGGUUGAAUUCGUUGUUGACAACCACAUGGACAUCAAGUAACAAGGAUAGCUCGAUAGCCACAUUUUCAUCUUCUUCAUGGCAGGUUUCAAAUUCAUCAACAGUGUUUUCUACAACGAAUACGAAUCUACUGUCAUCUGCAUCGACUACAAAUAGGUUGAAUUCGUUGCUGACAACCACAUGGACAUCAAGUAACAAGCAUAGCUCGAUAGCCACAUUUUCAUCUUCUUCAUGGCAGGUUUCGAAUUCAUCAACAGUGUUUUCUACAACGAAUACGAAUCUACUGUCAUCUGCAUCGACUGCAAAUAGGUUGAAUUCGUUGUUGACAACCACAUGGACAUUAAGUGACAAAGAUAGCUCGAUCGCCACAUCUUGGUCAUCAUCUUCUCCAUGGAAGGUUUCGAAUUCAUCAACAGUGUUUUCUACAACGAAUACGAAUCUACUGUCAUCUGCAUCGACUGCAAAUAGGUUGAAUUCGUUGUUGACAACCACAUGGACAUUAAGUGACAAAGAUAGCUCGAUCGCCAAAUCUUGGUCAUCAUCUUCUCCAUGGAAGGUUUCGAAUUCAUCAACAGUGUUUUCUACAACGAAUACGAAUCUACUAUCAUCUGCAUCGACUACAAAUAGGUUGAAUUCGUUGUUGACAACCACAUCGACAUUAAGUGACAAAGAUAGCUCGAUCGCCACAUCUUGGUCAUCAUCUUCUCCAUGGAAGGUUUCGAAUUCAUCAACAGUGUUUUCUACAACGAAUACGAAUCUACUGUCAUCUGCAUCGACUACAAAUAAGUUGAAUUCGUUGUUGACAACCACAUGGACAUUAAGUAACAAGGAUAGCUCGAUCGCCACAUCUUGGUCAUCAUCUUCUCCAUGGCAGGUUUCAAAUUCAUCAACAGUGUUUUCUACAACGAAUACGAAUCUACUGUCAUCUGCAUCGACUGCAAAUAGGUUGAAUUCGUUGUUGACAACCACAUGGACAUUAAGUGACAAAGAUAGCUCGAUCGCCACAUCUUGGUCAUCAUCUUCUCCAUGGAAGGCUUCAAAUUCAUCAACAGUGUUUUCUACAACGAAAACGAAUUUAUUGUCACCUGCAUCGACUACAGAUACCUUGAAUUCGUUGUUGACAACCACAUGGACAUCAAGUAACAAGGAUAGCUCGAUAGCCACAUUUUCAUCUUCUUCAUGGCAGGUUUCAAAUUCAUCAACAGUGUUUUCUACAACGAAAACGAAUUUAUUGUCACCUGCAUCGACUACAGAUACCUUGAAUUCGUUGUUGACAACCACAUGGACAUUAAGUGACAAAGAUAGCUCGAAAGCCACAUUUUCAUCUUCUCCAUCGCAGGUUUCGAAUUCAUCUAGAUUUGCUUUUACAACAACAGUGGCACUACCUCUAUCAACACUGGUUGCAACUACCAUGGACGCAUCAUCAGUGACUACAGCAAUAUCGACAGUUGAAGGCAGUUCAUUACCCAUAUCUUCGUCGACUUCCCUUGCGAUGGAGAUUUCGAACUCAUCGACAUAUGCUUCUACAAGGACAGUGGCACUACCUCUAUCAACAUUGGUUGCAACUACCAUGGACGCAUCAUCAGUGACUACAGCAAUAUCGACAGUUGAAGGCAGUUCAUUACCCAUAUCUUCGUCGACUUCCCUUGCAAUGGAGAUUUCGAACUCAUCGACAUAUGCUUCUACAAGGACAGUGGCACUACCUCUAUCAACAUUGGUUGCAACUACCAUGGACGCAUCAUCAGUGACUACAGCAAUAUCGACAGUUGAAGGCAGUUCAUUACCCACAUCUUCGUCGACUUCCCUUGCAAUGGAGAUUUCGAACUCAUCGACAUAUGCUUCUACAAGGACAGUGGCACUACCUCUAUCAACAUUGGUUGCAACUACCCUGGACGCAUCAUCAGUGACUACAGCAAUAUCGACAGUUGAAGGCAGUUCAUUACCCACAUAUUCGUCUACUUCCCUUGCAAUGGAGAUUUCGAACUCAUCGACAUAUGCUUCUACAAGGACAGUGGCACUACCUCUAUCAACAUUGGUUGCAACUACCCUGGACGCAUCAUCAGUGACUACAGCAAUAUCGACAGUUGAAGGCAGUUCAUUACCCACAUAUUCGUCUACUUCCCUUGCAAUGGAGAUUUCGAACUCAUCGACAUAUGCUUCUACAAGGACAGUGGCAUUACCUCUAUCAACAUUGGUUGCAACUACCAUGGACGCAUCAUCAGUGACUACAGCAAUGUCGACAGUUGAAGGCAGUUCAUUACCCAUAUCUUCGUCGACUUCCCUUGCAAUGGAGAUUUCGAACUCAUCGACAUAUGCUUCUACAAGGACAGUUACACUACCUCUAUCAACAUUGGUUGCAACUACCAUGGACGGUUCAUUAGUAACUACAUCGAUAUCGACAGUUGAAGGCAGUUCAUUACCCAUAUCUUCGUCGACUUCCCUUGCAAUGGAGAUUUCGAACUCAUCGACAUAUGCUUCUACAAGGACAGUGACACUACCUCUAUCAACAUUGGUUGCAACUACCCUGGACGCAUUAUCAGUGACUACAGCAAUAUCGACAGUUGAAGGCAGUUCAUUACCCAUAUCUUCGUCGACUUCCCUUGCGAUGGAGAUUUCGAACUCAUCGACAUAUGCUUCUACAAGGACAGUGGCACUACCUCUAUCAACAUUGGUUGCAACUACCAUGGACGCUUCAUUAGUGUCUACAUCGAUAUCGACAGUUGAAGGCAGUUCAUUACCCACAUCUUCGUCGACAUCCCUUCCAUUGGAGAUUUCGAACUCAUCGACAUAUUCUUCUACAAGGACAGUGGCAUUACCUCUAUCAACAUUGGUUGCAACUACCAUGGACGCAUCAUCAGUGACUACAGCAAUGUCGACAGUUGAAGGCAGUUCAUUACCCAUAUCUUCGUCGACUUCCCUUGCAAUGGAGAUUUCGAACUCAUCGACAUAUGCUUCUACAAGGACAGUUACACUACCUCUAUCAACAUUGGUUGCAACUACCAUGGACGGUUCAUUAGUAACUACAUCGAUAUCGACAGUUGAAGGCAGUUCAUUACCCAUAUCUUCGUCGACUUCCCUUGCAAUGGAGAUUUCGAACUCAUCGACAUAUGCUUCUACAAGGACAGUUACACUACCUCUAUCAACAUUGGUUGCAACUACCAUGGACGGUUCAUUAGAAACUACAUCGAUAUCGACAGUUGAAGGCAGUUCAUUACCCAUAUCUUCGUCGACUUCCCUUGCAAUGGAGAUUUCGAACUCAUCGACAUAUGCUUCUACAAGGACAGUGGCAUUACCUCUAUCAACAUUGGUUGCAACUACCCUGGACGCAUCAUCAGUGACUACAGCAAUAUCGACAGUUGAAAGCAGUUCAUUACCCAUAUCUUCGUCGACUUCCCUUGCAAUGGAGAUUUCGAACUCAUCGACAUAUGCUUCUACAAGGACAGUGACACUACCUCUAUCAACAUUGGUUGCAACUACCCUGGACGCAUUAUCAGUGACUACAGCAAUAUCGACAGUUGAAGGCAGUUCAUUACCCAUAUCUUCGUCGACUUCCCUUGCGAUGGAGAUUUCGAACUCAUCGACAUAUGCUUCUACAAGGACAGUGGCACUACCUCUAUCAACAUUGGUUGCAACUACCAUGGACGCUUCAUUAGUGUCUACAUCGAUAUCGACAGUUGAAGGCAGUUCAUUACCCACAUCUUCGUCGACAUCCCUUCCAUUGGAGAUUUCGAACUCAUCGACAUAUUCUUCUACAAGGACAGUGACACUACCUCUAUCAACAUUGGUUGCAACAACCAUGGACGCAUCAUCAGUGACUACAGCAAUGUCGACAGUUGAAGGCAGUUCAUUACCCAUAUCUUCGUCGACUUCCCUUGCAAUGGAGAUUUCGAACUCAUCGACAUAUGCUUCUACAAGGACAGUGGCACUACCUCUAUCAACAUUGGUUGCAACUACCAUGGACGCUUCAUUAGUGUCUACAUCGAUAUCGACAGUUGAAGGCAGUUCAUUACCCACAUCUUCGUCGACAUCCCUUCCAUUGGAGAUUUCGAACUCAUCGACAUAUGCUUCUACAAGGACAGUGACACUACCUCUAUCAACAUUGGUUGCAACUACCAUGGACGCAUCAUCAGUGACUACAGCAAUGUCGACAGUUGAAGGCAGUUCAUUACCCAUAUCUUCGUCGACUUCCCUUGCAAUGGAAAUUUCGAACUCAUCGACAUAUGCUUCUACAAGGACAGUGGCACUACCUCUAUCAACAUUGGUUGCAACUACCAUGGACGCUUCAUUAGUGUCUACAUCGAUAUCGACAGUUGAAGGCAGUUUAUUACCCACAUCUUCGUCGACAUCCCUUCCAUUGGAGAUUUCGAACUCAUCGACAUAUGCUUCUACAAGGACAGUGGCACUAUCUCUAUCAACAUUGGUUGCAACUACCAUGGACGCUUCAUUAGUGACUACAGCAAUAUCGACAGUUGGAGGCAGUUCAUUUCCCACAUCUUCGUCUACUUCCCUUGCAAUGGAGAUUUCGAACUCAUCGGCAUAUGCUUCUACAAGGACAGUGGCACUACCUCCAUCAACAUCGGUUGCAACUACCAUGGACGCAUCAUCAGUGACUACAGCAAUAUCGACAGUUGAAGGCAGUUCAUUUCCCACAUCUUCGUCUACUUCCCUUGCAAUGGAGAUUUCGAACUCAUCGGCAUAUGCUUCUACAAGGACAGUGGCACUACCUCUAUCAACAUUGGUUGCAACUACCAUGGACGCUUCAUCAGUGACUACAGCAAUAUCGACAGUUGAAGGCAGUUCAUUACCUAUAUCUUCAUCGACAUCCCUUCCAAUGGAGAUUUCGAACUCAUCUACAUAUGCUUCUAAAAGGACAGUAAACUUACCUCUAUCAGCAUUGGUUGCAACUACCAUGGACGCAUCAUCAGUGACUACAGCAAUAUCGACAGUUGAAGGCAGUUCAUUUCCCACAUCUUCGUCUACUUCCCUUGCAAUGGAGAUUUCGAACUCAUCGGCAUAUGCUUCUACAAGGACAGUGGCACUACCUCUAUCAACAUUGGUUGCAACUACCAUGGACGCUUCAUCAGUGACUACAGCAAUAUCGACAGUUGAAGGCAGUUCAUUACCUAUAUCUUCAUCGACAUCCCUUCCAAUGGAGAUUUCGAACUCAUCGGCAUAUGCUUCUACAAGGACAGUAAACUUACCUCUAUCAACAUUGGUUGCAACUACCAUGGACGCAUCAUCAGUGACUACAGCAAUGUCGACAGUUGAAGGCAGUUCAUUACCUAUAUCUUCAUCGACAUCCCUUCCAAUGGAGAUUUCGAACUUAUCGGCAUAUGCUUCUACAAGGACAGUGGCACUACCUCUAUCAACAUUGGUUGCAACUACCAUGGACGCAUCAUCAGUGACUACAGCAAUAUCGACAGUUGAAGGCAGUUCAUUUCCCACAUCUUCGUCUACUUCCCUUGCAAUGGAGAUUUCGAACUCAUCGGCAUAUGCUUCUACAAGGACAGUGGCACUACCUCUAUCAACAUUGGUUGCAACUACCAUGGACGCAUCAUCAGUGACUACAUCGAUAUUGACAGUUGAAAGCAGUUCAUUACCCACAUCUUCGUCUACUUCCCUUGCAAUGGAGAUUUCGAACUCAUCGGCAUAUGCUUCUACAAGGACAGUGGCAUUACCUCUAUCAACAUUGGUUGCAACUACCAUGGACGCAUCAUCAGUGACUACAGCAAUGUCGACAGUUGAAGGCAGUUCAUUACCCAUAUCCUCAUCGACAUCCCUUCCAAUGGAGAUUUCGAACUCAUCGACAUAUGCUUCUACAAGGACAGUGGCAUUACCUCUAUCAACAUUGGUUGCAACUACCAUGGACGCAUCAUCAGUGACUACAGCAAUAUCGACAGUUGAAGGCAGUUCAUUACCCACAUCUUCGUCGACUUCCCUUGCAAUGGAGAUUUCGAACUCAUCGGCAUAUGCUUCUACAAGGACAGUAAACUUACCUCUAUCAACAUUGGUUGCAACUGCCAUGGACGCAUCAUCAGUGACUACAGCAAUGUCGACAGUUGAAGGCAGUUCAUUACCUAUAUCUUCAUCGACAUCCCUUCCAAUGGAGAUUUCGAACUUAUCGGCAUAUGCUUCUACAAGGACAGUGGCACUACCUCUAUCAACAUUGGUUGCAACUACCAUGGACGCAUCAUCAGUGACUACAGCAAUAUCGACAGUUGAAGGCAGUUCAUUUCCCACAUCUUCGUCUACUUCCCUUGCAAUGGAGAUUUCGAACUCAUCGGCAUAUGCUUCUACAAGGACAGUGGCACUACCUCUAUCAACAUUGGUUGCAACUACUAUGGACGCUUCAUCAGUGACUACAGCAAUAUCGACAGUUGAAGGCAGUUCAUUACCUAUAUCUUCAUCGACAUCCCUUCCAAUGGAGAUUUCGAACUCAUCUACAUAUGCUUCUAAAAGGACAGUAAACUUACCUCUAUCAGCAUUGGUUGCAACUACCAUGGACGCAUCAUCAGUGACUACAGCAAUAUCGACAGUUGAAGGCAGUUCAUUUCCCACAUCUUCGUCUACUUCCCUUGCAAUGGAGAUUUCGAACUCAUCGGCAUAUGCUUCUACAAGGACAGUGGCACUACCUCUAUCAACAUUGGUUGCAACUACCAUGGACGCUUCAUCAGUGACUACAGCAAUAUCGACAGUUGAAGGCAGUUCAUUACCUAUAUCUUCAUCGACAUCCCCUCCAAUGGAGAUUUCGAACUCAUCGGCAUAUGCUUCUACAAGGACAGUGGCACUACCUCUAUCAACAUUGGUUGCAACUACCACGGACGCUUCAUUAGUGUCUACAUCGAUAUCGACAGUUGAAGGCAGUUCAUUACCCACAUCUUCGUCUACAUCCCUUGCAAUGGAGAUUUCGAACUCAUCGACAUAUGCUUCUACAAGGACAGUGGCACUACCUCUAUCAACAUUGGUUGCAACUACCAUGGACGCAUCAUCAGUGACUACAGCAAUAUCGACAGUUGAAGGCAGUUUAUUACCCACAUCUUCAUCGACAUCCCUUCCAAUGGAGAUUUCGAACUCAUCGACAUAUGCUUCUACAAGGACAGUGGCACUACCUCUAUCAACAUUGGUUGCAACUACCAUGGACGCAUCAUCAGUGACUACAGCAAUGUCGACAGUUGAAGGCAGUUCAUUACCUAUAUCUUCAUCGACAUCCCUUCCAAUGGAGAUUUCGAACUCAUCGGCAUAUGCUUCUACAAGGACAGUGGCACUACCUCUAUCAACAUUGGUUGCAACUACCAUUGACGCAUCAUCAGUGACUACAUCGAUAUUGACAGUUGAAAGCAGUUCAUUACCCAUAUCUUCAUCGACAUCCCUUCCAAUGGAGAUUUCGAACUCAUCUACAUAUGCUUCUACAAGGACAGUGGCAUUACCUCUAUCAACAUUGGUUGCAACUACCAUGGACGCAUCAUCAGUGACUACAGCAAUAUCGACAGUUGAAGGCAGUUCAUUACCCACAUCUUCGUCGACUUCCCUUGCAAUGGAGAUUUCGAACUCAUCGGCAUAUGCUUCUACAAGGACAGUGGCAUUACCUCUAUCAACAUUGGUUGCAACUACCAUGGACGCAUCAUCAGUGACUACAGCAAUGUCGACAGUUGAAGGCAGUUCAUUACCCAUAUCUUCAUCGACAUCCCUUCCAAUGGAGAUUUCGAACUCAUCGGCAUAUGCUUCUACAAGGACAGUGGCAUUACCUCUAUCAACAUUGGUUGCAACUACCAUGGACGCAUCAUCAGUGACUACAGCAAUAUCGACAGUUGAAGGCAGUUCAUUACCCAUAUCUUCGUCGACUUCCCUUGCAGUGGAGAUUUCUAGCUUAUCAACAAUACCUCUCAUCCACACAACGUCAGAAACAUUAUCAGUAUUAGUUUCUGGUAUAACAAGCUCAAUUAGUUCAAAUUUUCCUACCCAGAUAGCAAGGACUGUAUUAUCAAGUACAUCAGAAAUUUUCCCGACCCUCUCUCCCACAUCUACUAUUGCUACUAUUUCUGUUUCCACGUCAGAUACAGCUCUGGGAUUGAUAACAGUUUCAUCAACCAGGAACUCUGUUUAUGAAUCAUCGUUUUUACCUUCGUCGGUAUUUGCUUCAGAUUUUAGUGUUACUAAUUUAGUGUCAUCUUCUACACCACUUUCACAUUUUUCACCUAGGUCUACACUGGCGUUUCAUUCUUUGAGCUUGCCUUUGUACUCUAUGUCAACAAUGUCAGAGGCUGGCCAUUCUAGAUUUAGAAAUAUGACCCUCACCUUUUCAUUGUUUUCUUCGACCCAAUUGAAUGAAAAGUCUUUUGUAUUCAUUUCUUUGGUUCACUCAUCGCACUCUAGAACACGAUUAAGUACUGCAUCUAGCAUGCAUGCAUUAUCUUCCACAAAAUCAUCUGCUAGUACAAAGAACGGAACUACUAUAAUGUCAUUUAUGUUGGGUCAUUCUAGUUUUGCUGUAACUAGAACAAAAACAACAGUAGUGAUUCCCGUAAGCUCAACUUCAAUCUAUUUUGCUACAAAGAUCAGCAACUUUGCCUCACGCCUGACAACUCAAGAUUCUGGAUAUUCACCAACUCCUUCAGAAUAUUCACCUGCUACAACUACUGCAACUACAUCCGUUGUUCCACCGACACUGAGUCCGUCAAAUAUACCAAAGUCGGCUAAAAUAAGAAUUGUCAUUCGUGUAAAGCUUCAAGAAAACAUAACACUGACUGUGUUCAAAAGUAAAAUGGAGAAGAGGCUGCUCAGUCUGUACAUUGCUGCAAUAACAAAAGUCAGAAAGCGAAGAGCAAUCGCCAGUGACAAAGCAAAGUAUCUUCUCAGAGUUCGAAGGCAGGUUGGAGGAGCCUUUGUCCAAAUUACGAAUAUCGAAAGAAACUCCAAGCAUCCUGAAAAUGUCGAAAUCGAUUUUGCUGUUAUUGAAAACGGACAAGCACUUAUUGCCAAUGGAGUUAUUGAAAAGUUCGACAAAAUCUCGUUAACCGAAAUGGACAAAAUACUGAAUUAUACGACCAUUGUUCGGCCGAGUGUUUUAACUACUACCGAACCAUCAACAGGUUCAGGACAAAAAACGUUGGGUUUGAAAACUGUAAUCGUUGCUUUCGUAACCCCAAUUGCUGUGCUGUUGAUCUGCUUGAUACUUCUUGUCUGUCAGAGGUACAAGCUCAAGAAAAGUCUCAGAAUUUAUGCAGAUCCAACGCAACCUGGCGAAGAUAAAGUUAAUUCAAUAAAGUAUUUUGAAGCUGAAAAUGGCUCUGCAAAGAUAGAUCGAUUGGACUCGGGAUCUGAUGGUGCUUUUGCGUCACAGUAUUUUGUUGAGGAUCCUGAGAAAAUAGGAAGCGAAGUUAAAGAGAAACAAAAGAGACGAAGAACAAAGAAAGAGAGAAACAUGUUUUUAGAAAAGCGAUCUAUAUCCAGAACUUCAACGGCCUCUUCACGCAGUGCAAAGUCAACUACAAAUGCAUUAGUAUCACCCGUUCUUAAUCAAGGAAACUUCACUGCACUGGGCCUUGCAGAGAGUGGAGUUCUGAAAGAGACAUCGUUGACUCAUGGUGCACUCGGUAAAGAGGCAGAAGCGGAAGAAAAAGAGACCAAUGUUAGCAGUGUAGGCCAUGGCGUUUCAAACGAGGACAAAGAUGACCAUAAGAAGUUGCAAAAAGAACUUGUAGAGCAGGAAGUCCUUGAACUGAAGAAAGAACUACUGGCUUUAAAAAAUGAGAGAAUCAAGGAAGAGCAGCGAAAGAUAAUCAGCGAAGCAGGGGUCCCAAGGGGAUGGAUCGCCAAAAUGCAAUCUAUUCGAGAAGCUUCUAACUCACAGAAAGACGAAACAAUGCCUGCAAAUGAGUCAACUUUACAAAUUCGUGCUGAUGUUGAGAAAUGGAAGAACAAAGAAAGGAUGAGGAGAAAAUCCAAGUGGCCUAGAGGAGUUGAAGCAGCUGAAAUAAAAACAACCAAACAAAAGCAAAUCUUUCAAGCACAGAGAGAGAUUGACGAAUUAAUUGCAACGGAUUCAAGAAAAAGGACACAGCGAAGGAGAAAGAAGCGUAAUCGAGUUGAUGCUGAGAAAAAUCCACCAACAACAGAACAAUCGAUGCCUCUGGCUCCUUCGCACGUUGCCGGGACACAUCCAGCAUACGUCGAGAAUUGGAGAGGUCGAAUUGAAAAUGGAAACGCUGUUUAUUUGCAAAGGCCAGCUGAAAGAUACCGCCAACCUACUAUUGAAUUAGACGAAUUUUACCCACAACCUGGCCAUUAUGCCCCUGAAGCUACCACAGAAACGCGAUUAACAUAUGAUCGACAUGAUUCCUAUUAUGAUUAUGAUGAUUACCAUCAAACACGUGCUCAGCAUUCGUCUCCAUAUCUCAAUCGACCAGUCAACGAGUUUCCAAACGAUGGAUACCAAUUGUACGAAGACAACUACCGACAUCAACCAACCACUAGCUACCUUCCCGCCACCCUGGUCGACGAUUACCGACAUACUCCGCCUAGAACUGGCCGUCCGCCACAGAUUCGUUAUAUUUAUGACUCCGCCUCCAGGCAGCCUCAAAUUGAGAUUCCUGUUAUGGUAUCACAGGCACCAAGAAGAGGCAUGAGGAGACCGCCAAAUACCGUUCAUCCCCAUCGCAUCAAUGACUCGCAACAUGGAGUUGUACCACGCGAGCACCCCUCGGUUCCUCGCGGUGCCAAUGCCUGGACUGAUAGGAGGGAGCCAUAUCCGGAUAAAAGGGACGAGACUGGCUUGUCCCCGGGGCCGCAAAUAAGGCAGGUCGCUGUACAAAGUCGCAUUCCCCCUGCUGCUGCAGUAUCAGCAAAUGAAAGUCAUUUACCUCAAGAGCCGGAGGCUAAGACGUCACCAAGAUUGUUCACAGUAAGAAAUUCAAGGCAACUGGAAAGCGGUCACGUGGAAAAGACAACUGACCAAGGUAAUCGUCUAAUUCUCGAACAACCUGGGGAGUCGUUCUCUUGAAAACAAGCAGUGCUGUCAGAAUACUUUUGGCAAGUAGAAAUCUCUAUAAAAAUUAUAGUGUCCUAGGUAUGACAUGUCUAAAUCUUGCUAACACUUGUUCUCCUCAGAGUAAACCUUUUUCCUCAAGCAGAAAGAGAAAGAUUGACUUUGGCGACUGUUUUCCUUUCUUGUACUAAAUGUUAAUUUAAUUUCCACCCUCAAACAAAUAAGUGAAAGAGUAUCUUCGAAGCAUUGUCCUUAGAUAUGAUUUUCAAAGUUAAGUAAAACCUUCAGAAAAAGGAUUCCUAUCGGACCAGAGUUACAGUCUAUUGUAGGCAGGCAUCAAAUGGGGGUAAUGAGUGGGGGAGGGUAAUAGCCCCCUCACAAUUUUUUAAAACACGAUUUACAUGAUUCCUCCAAAAUUUUAUAGAAAAUUGGCCUGGUUAGGGAAAGGUCGUGAUUUUUCAAAUUAACCUGGGAAACUGCUCCUUGUAUCGGAGAAGUUUCCCCAGGUAACGUACCUAUAGGGAGAUAUCAGUCGACUGUAGGACAGGAAUUUUAUCUCUGUAUUUGCUUCUAUCUGUUGAAAUUGCUAUCAGGGUAGCUGAUUUGCAAGAAAUUUCAGGAUAGAAUUAGGACGUUUAUUUAUUUGCGCAAAUUUUCUGUAAGUAUAUAAAAGUAAGAUAUUCAGUGUAAACGUUUCGUACUAAUAGAAUGAGGAAAUUCUUCAAACUCAAGGUUUAUAAACUGAGAAGCAGUGAUUUUAUUUAAAUAGAGAUCCACAUUAAUAAAAACGUUUGUCAAUAAAUAAGACCCACAUUCACCAAUUUAAUUAAGCUGACAGUUAUUAAUGAAAGUUGAUUCCAUAUAGCCUGUUAGAUUACGUGUAUAACAGAUCGCAUAAAGAUGUUGCAGCAAAUCAAAUGUUGACACGAACAUACCACAUGAACAAAGCUUUCUUACUUAUGACUUUAAGCUUAAGGUUCUUUUUUGCAGCUUUUGUCCUUGAGGUAGCUAAACGAAAGUAGAUUAAUUCCAGAAAACUUGGUUAUGUCAGCAGGUAUGUGCCGAUUGGGGGGGGGGGCGUGUCUGCAAACUUCAAGAAAGUUGGUCAUGCAGCGGGAACCUUAGCAUUAAUUGGGAAGUUUGUGCUUCCAAAUUUCAACCCUUAAUUCAUUCAUUUUAUUGAUCAUGGUCAACUUUCUUUUUAUAAUACACUCUUUUUCUAUAAGAACAAUUUUAUAAGAACACGAGCUCCAAAAUUGGUUAAAAAAAUUAAGAACAAGCUGAGGCUGAGCUACUCUAAAGUGUAAUCUUGAACAACGUUUUAUCUGUAGUUCAUUUUUGCAAAUUAUUCUAAAAUUGGCUUUUCGCAAAAAGAUGCUCAUGGGUUCACCCAAAAACGCGAAAUCCAGGAAUAUAAGUUGCCGCAAAUUUACUCUCCUUAUACUUCCAUGCCAUCAUUUGCUAAUUCUUGUUAUCAUCCAGUGUGUAUAUGAUCAUUUAUUUCAUUGUUAAUGAAUUUUCUAUGGAGAAAAUAUGGUCGGCCAAAAAAGUAAAGUCGGUCACCUUUUUCCUGAACACCCCCCAAACAAAAUUGUCUAAGCACAUCACUGCUUGUCAGCUAGUAAGGUAAUUUUUUCUGAUCAGCAAGGAUAUAGGAAGUUGCCUCGGGAUAUUUAGGGUCCCUUAGUCAUCGUAGUUCAUUCUUGUGGUACUUUGUUCAGUGACAGUCUUGAGAAAAUUUUAUGAAAAAAUGUAUAUAUUCGUAAAUAGUUAUAAUAUGUAUCGUUUUAUAUUUUCAAAAGAAUAUUUUCCAUGGGAGUAAUUUAUUCUUAUGCGUUUGUUUUGUUCUGAUUUAAUAAGCAGUUACGGGAAUUACUAGUACAGGCAGAUCAUACAGGCUCGCGGCCACAGAAUCAAAAUGGACAUUUGAUUGUAAAAUGUAUAAUUUAGCCACCGAAGAAGUUAUUUCCAAAAGACUGGCCGCCAGAAAAUUGCUGUAAACCGACGAAAUCCCGGCAAUUCAAAGAUCGAUCUAACUUUUUGUUUGGGAGGGACAGCCCUGAUAAAUAAAUGUAAAAACUGCCAUAUUUUACAAAAAAAGAGUACUUUGCUUAUAAUAUUUAAGUUUUUCUGUGGGGCCAAGGUAUCUCGGUCUUUGAAUUCAUUUGAAAAUGCACCAAAUUGCUCUUCGAUGGAAAAUUCCUGUUCUGCAAUCUGUCAAACAAAUAGCACUAUUGUUUAUCGUUGGAGCAGCUUUUGCUUCGUCACAUUUUUGCUUUGGAUUUUACGCUGAUUUCAAACACAGUUCCAAACAGCGUUGAUUAAUUCUUCUCUACUUCAGCUUGGGUUGCAUUGCGUCUACAGUUACGUUCUAUGUUUUGCCAUUCUGAAUAGGAAUUUUUCAGCAAAUUGUCUUAUUUUUUUCUCGACUCUGAAUACUGGCACUUUCUUUUAUACUUACUUGUUUCAGGUUUGUUGGACUUCUAGGUGGUUCACUCGAUGAUGACUUCUUCCUUCUAACAUUCAUCUUGACCAAUUUUCUGGCUUCGAAAGACUGUUAUUUCAACCAAAUCUGUUGCUGUCUUUGCAAUCGUCCUAGUUCCUGCUCAAGUUUUCUGUCAAAGUUUUUGUUCUGUUUUGUGGAACGGUCCUCGGCCACAGAUUGAGGUACAUCAGAAAUAGAGUAGCCGUUCAUAGUAGCUUGAGAAUCUUCGGUUUCUCUCUACAGCGUCUCGCAAGUACCUCUGAUCGUCUUCAACCUAUUCAAUCGAACAUUUGUUUAUAAGACAGGGGUGGUAGAAUUGAAAAUAAACGAAGCAGAAGUGACAAAAACAAUGACGUCAUAGUCCAAUGAAAGCCUUGGGAAUGAAGAAGUUUUCAAGAUUGAAAUUUCUCACAGUUAAACCUUCAAUUAAUAUCUGACCCUCUUUAGAAAAGUUUCCUUUUGGGGGGAGGAGCGGAUUUCCAAUUAGGAAUGUUCUCUUUGAAAAGGUGUUGAACGAUCCUGGAUUUGGAAAAAAGUUCAGUGACUUUCUAAUGCAUGGUAUUUUCUUCUACAAAUUUGUAAUUUCCUUGUUCCCAGUGUUACCUUUUCAAACUUCUGUUACAAAAGCACGAUAAUUUUAUAUUCAGAGCGGUCUAUUUUUCUGACGAAACUACAUCUACUUAGCUGGAAACUCAUCGAAGACCAUUAGAAAAGCAUAUUUUGGCCAUGCAUUACUAAACCAAUAUGUUUUGUUUGCUUUUAGAUAAUUUGAAAACACUCAAACACCCCUAAUUCUAUAUUUCUUCUACUACUUUCAUCAAGACAGUCACUGACGUUUUAAAAUCAAAAUAAAAACUUUCUGAGGACAUUCAAUAUUUAUUGCCCCAGUCCAUUAGAAUGAAACUAAAGUGAACUGGGCGUGUGAUUACUUUGCUUAAAGUUUUUCCAUGAAGUACAUUGCUGUCCACAAGAUUCCUUAAGUAGAUCAAAAUUAAAAGAGAAGCAAGGAAAGAAAAAGCAGAUGUUAGGAAUCAUCUUCGAAUGUCCCUUUCCUAAAGUUUGUCUCUUGCACUGGUCAUGCCGGCGAUAUGACUUGGAAAUAUUUACUUAGAAAUCUUACAAGAAACCUUAAACUU